AAGAUGAACGCAACACAGAGACAGCUGACCCGGAAGUUUAUCUCGGUGUUCUCUCAGCAACAGAACUGGACUAUUAGCCGAUAUCCUCUGUUGAUAAAUUUAAUCCUUAAUAAGCAAAAUGGCUGAAGUAGAGGAAACUCUGAGAAGGAUCCAGAGCCAGAAGGGGGUACAAGGAAUUGUUAUUGUCAAUUCAGAAGGAAUUCCCAUCAAGACGACUCUAGACAACUCCAGCACGGUGCAGUACGCAGGGCUGAUCCAUCAGCUGGUGAUGAAGGCCAGGAGCACCGUAAGAGACAUUGACCCCCAGAACGACCUCACCUUCCUACGUAUCCGAUCCAAGAAGAAUGAGAUCAUGAUUGCUCCAGAUAAGGACUACUUCUUGAUCGUCAUUCAGAACCCCUCAGACUGAAGCUGAAGGACCUGCCUCCCGCUCAUUGCUCUUUUUUUCUGUCUUUCAUUAAUAAACAGCCAAACUGAGUUUUCUAAAUCAAACACUUCUGGUAAACAGAGGAUGUUUAGGCACUUGCUGUACAUGAAGGUAAAGGCAGAAUUUGAAGGUGGAUAAAACUGAUUUGACCAAGAAAUAUAAACUCUAUAACAGUGAGUCACUCUGCUGGCAACGUUUAUGAUUUCAUGUUUUAGCAUUCCUUCAGUGUCCUCUGUCUGCAUACUGUAUGUUAUGUCACUGUGUUUAUUGCAUCUGUAUCUUAGCUCAUGAUCUUUGGCCCAAUCCGAAUGGACGCCUGCUGAAAUACCUAAGCAGGAAACGUCAGACUGGACCAGUGUAUGAACCUACAGUUGUGCACAGUUUACAACAUACCAUCAUCUAGAGACCACAACCUGUCUUAGUUUGAGAAUGCAUGAUGCUUUUUUUUCAGUUUUAUCUUCACAGUUGAAGACUUGGGGUUGUUAUUUAUUGUUUUGUCAGCAAUUUGUACAAAUAUAAGUACAGUGUUUCCCUGGUGAGCAGCGAACUACACUACAUAUAUGUCUCUGCUCUUGCCAUGUCAGCUUUCUUUCAGUUAUUUGUAACAGAUUAAAAAAAAUGUAAAAUGUUA